GUCGAGACGGCAGUGGCGCUCUCGAGACUGACAUGAUGGAGCAACUGGUGGGCGAAGCCCGCGACCAUCCACUGGGCGAAGUCUACGCAGCACUUUCUGAGAGAUGGCUUCCGCUGCAGUCUGUCCUCGUGAAUUCAAGAGACCAUCCAGACUCUGUA